UCAAUGAACUGCGCAUGUGCGGACCAACCUCUUGUGUCUUUCCGUUCCGCGCCUGUGAAGUACCCUGCAGCUCCACCACAGCUCCCAACCAUCUCAAGCUCGGCACUCUUCCUCCUGGCGGGGUAUCACGUUUUUGUCCAACCAAAGAUCUGGGCAGAACAGCUUUUCCUCUUGGGACUGCAUGGUCUCUGCGUGACCAGAUGUCUGCUGAGCCAUUUCUCCUCCUCAUGCUCAGCUAUUGUGGACUCGCUGUGCAGCAUAACGCUUUCAUUCCUGCAGCUGGAAACAUCCUUGUAUGACUUCAACACCUGGAUUGCCUUGUUGGUUUGGCUGCCAUGAUGCUUGGUUUACAGGGAAGUACUUCAUCCCCAAAAGUGUUUCGUUGUGUGGCAUGUUCGGCCACCUUCACAGGAUUGGCCUCCUUACUAGUCCAUCAGGCAACGCAUGCAAGUGCACUUCCCAAGGCCCCUACCCCUCCACAACAAGGCAGCAGCCCCCAUGAAAUGCUGUUUUCAAGUACGGACUCAUCCAGUGAGCGCCCGAGUCCAUCCACUCUACUUCCUGAGGGCCCUUUACCUUCUUUUUUUAUUUGUGACUGUGGAGACGAAUUUCAGGACUUUAGUCUAAUGCUUGAGCAUAAGCGAUCACAUGUCUCUCAACUACAGCAAACGCAGCCUCUGGAUAAUAAUGAUACUGCCUCUGGACUGGGUUGUGAUGAAGCUCUGCCGACCCAACAUUCAUCAUUCAGUCCAACUGUAAAUCAGCCAGAUUUGGUCCUUAGAUGUCUCUCUACCUCAGGGACCUCAGCUGCUGAAAUGCUCCCGUUAACACAAAGUCAAGCAGAUGAAAGCUUGGAAGAUGGCAUUGCUAAAGUAAGUCCAACCCAAAGCCAGUGUACAACUCCUCUAGAUGAGAGUGAUGAACAACUUGAGAACAUGUCAGCAGAAUCAGAACAAAUGCUGGAGACAGCAGAGGACAUGCAUUCCCAGGACACAACAAGUCAAAAUAACUUGAGUUUACCCAAAAGUAAUGCCCUUAUGAAGCUUUUAGCAUCAGCAUACAUGAACUGCUCUCCAGCCUCUCAGUCCCAGGAUCAGAAUGAUGACAUGGUGACCCCAAAACAAGAAGUUGUCCAAGUUGACAUAACACCAGGACCAAAAACUGAGGUACCCCCCAUCAAUGAUCUCUCUAUUGCACAGUUAAGGCGUCUGCUUGCAACACCUGGUAUAAAGACAAAAGCUCCAUCCAUAAGCAAAGUUCUCGAAUCUAGCAAAAAGAGGGUUGUCUCUCUGACUAAGACUUUCUCACCUGUUGUGGUUCUUGAAACUCGGCAAAAGCUUAAGGACCCUGGCAGUAACGGCAUAUAUGGCAGGUAUCAAUGCGGCCGCUGCCGUAGGGUCUUUCAAAACUUGGACAAACUGACAGAGCAUCAUUUCUUGCACAAGAAAGAGAGGAUUAAAUGUUGUCGUCGCUGUAAACAGCUGAUCAUUGGGCGUCUGCCUUUACGUGACAAUCACGUGUGCCCUCAUAUGGGGAACAACACUACACAGCUGUCAAGCUCUUUAAAAAACAAGUCACCAUUUGCCCCUAAAAUAGUGCCAUUCCAUAGUCAAAACAAUGCAAGGAAAGUUUUCUUUUGUCCACUGUGCAAGCACAGCUAUGCACGUAGAUGGAACCUAAAAAUGCACAAGUGCUUGGGCCCAAGGUCAUCACCUCCUGGGCCAGCCAAUCCUUCCAUUCAGAAAGUGCUGGCAUUGAGAUCAAACACUAAAACUAAAACAGAUACAGAGGUGAACGCUGGAUCUCAAAGUGUUGCUGUGGGCACUGAAGUUUCUGGUCAUAUCAAGGUAGAAGUGACCUCUCCAGAUUCAGAGCAGUCUGCAGUUUCACAGUUGGCCUGGGUGCAUCCAGCAAAGAGCUUCUCCCCAUUUUACUCCAAAUCUUCCAUGAUGGAACAGAGUAAUAAUGCUGCUUUGAGUGUGAUUUCUCUCCAGCAAGGAGAAGAAAACAGUUGCUGGGAUGCAGCAGCAGGUGAUAAAGAAGACAGCGAUGAAGGGCAGUGGACAAUGCCCUUGGAUGAUGAAUUGGAGGUGCUUAGCUCUGCAGAGAAAGCUGGUAAUGGUGCAGGGGGGACCAAAUCUGUGCCCUCAAGCCUGCGCUAUUUUGUCAGAGAUGGUGUAAAACGUUACCCUUGCACCAGGUGCCAGAAAACCUACAGUCGGCCGUGUACUUUGAGGCGCCAUCUACGACUGUGUGGGUUUAGGCCUCGAGGACUAGGGGCUGUAGCACAAAGCAGCACACUAGGUGCCAUGCCACCAAAUGCCAACAAUAAUAAACCAAUGUUUCCUUGUUUCGUCUGUGGGAGAAUCUUCAAUCGCAAAGAUAACAUGAUGGUCCACAGAAGGAAGUGUCAGUUGCGACGGACAGUGGCAGGGGCUGUGGGUGAAACUGGGCAGCAGAACAUGUCAAUUACUUCAGCAGACUGUGAGACCCAAGUGGAUGAUGGAGGCAACUGGGGUAUCAUGUCACUGCCCUCAGUACUUCCAAGAAGGGUGACUUGUGAGUGUGGUGCUGGAUUUACAUCUCCCAGGCUUCUCCUAGAGCAUUUGCAGAAGCAUGCACAAGAAUCGUACACAUGCCCGACUUGUGGAGAGACCGUAAGUUCCUGGGCUGACUACGAAGUGCAUCUGCAAAUCCAUAUGCAUCCUCAUCAUCAACUGCUUAAAGGAUUACAGCCACAAAGAUCACAACCCCUUUUACUUAGAUUUCAGCAGCCACGGCCUCAGCAGCCGCAGCCCCAGCAGCAGCCAUCGCAGUCAGUUCAUCAGCCUGCACAGAAGCAAUCUGUCAAAGUAGCAACACAGCUUCAAGAUCCAUCAUCAAAACAGCAACGACUUGUGUGUACACGAUGUGGCAACACUUUUGCCACUCGUUGCUCCCUUAGAAGACACCUAACCUGGAAUCGAUGCAAAGGUGCACGGGUUACAAAUCUGCCCUCAAACCCACCCAAAAGCUAUCACUGUUCCCACUGCAACUCUGACUUCCCAAACACAAUCAGUCUUUUAUUUCACCAGAGGAGUGGGGCCUGCAAGCCAGCCAUAAAGCCUGUGCGCUGCCCUGUUUGUCUUCGCUGGUUUGGCACGGUAGAGAGUUUGCAGAAACACCUGCUUACCCACAAACAGUCCGAAUCAUACCGCUGUGAUGUUUGCCAGGGUACAUAUCCAAGCAUGAAAUCACUCAAAAACCACCGCAGGAGGAUCCAUCGCAUCAUGGCUGGAGACAGUAAUAUAAAAACACAAGAACAAUUAGCUUCUUAGGGAUUCUUCAGAUUUUUUAAUGAAAAAAAAUGACCUUUACCUGAGCGUUCAGUAUUUCAGAACAAGGCAGAUUGAUUAUGAUGUGUUAUGUAUUUGCCUUUUGAAAUGUCAUUCUUUUUUCUUUUUUACUCUCCAUAGAUUAUAAGAUGUUGUACAGCCACUUGCUUUUUAUACAGCUCUAAGAGUGUAAUUGUAGCUUGCCAAUGUAAAAAAAGCUUUCAUAUACUGUACAUUUUGGUUUUAUCAACUUAAUCAUUUUAUGACAUAGUCACAUUAGCCUGUAAAAUAGUAUUUGGUAGUCAAACUUUUAUCACAUGAUUGUGAUGUAGCUUGCUGUCUGUUGUGUCAAUAAACUUGAAUGUAAAACAUUUCAA